UUAUGUAGGGCUGGCCGAUUGAUUUCCGGUUAGCAGCUAACCUGCUAACCGGAUGGUUUAACUGAUAACCGACGGUUAGGGUGCUCGGUCGGUGUUCGGUGAAGAGAUUGGUUACUUCGGCUAGCUCAAUAAGGCGGUUAACCGUCUAACCGAGGUAACCUAAACCCCAACCUCCACCCUCCGUCGACGCUAAGAGCCGCCGCCACCACACCUAGCACGGGAACACGCAUAUGUUCCCCAAGAGGUCCGGAUCCACCGAUAAAUCGACGUCCUUUGUAGCUGAACAUGGAUCCCCGAAGCUGUCCUAUACGGGAAGGGUGCGAUCGAAGCGAGAUCGGAGCCGCAAGCUCCAUAGCCGGCAACGAUCUAAGGGAUCCGAGGAGCUGGAGUAAAAGAAGGCAAAAUCGGAGAGGCGGCUGGCAGAAUCAGGAUUCAUCGCGGGCUUUCGUGCAAUUUUCAAGCCUUGUUCGAAGUCAAAGAAUCAAUCCAAGAUCAAGACCGUCACGUCGGCAUUGCACAAAGACUCGUCGUCAUCCUCGAGAAAAAGUGAUGCCAUGGCGAGAGCGAACGAUAUCAGAAAUCGCCUGCUGUCUAGCGUUAGAGAUGUCGCACGAAGAAAGAAAGGAAGUGACGUUGAAGGCGACUAGCGGCGGCGGCUCUUGGCGUCGACGAAGCAUGAGUUCUGCGGCUUCGGCAAGCUGAUCAUCGAAUUGAGAUUCGAGAACCUCUACUCACCUUUUGUAUUCAUCUUAUGAUUCUGAGUCAUUUUAGUCUGACUCGCUAUGACACAACACCAAACUGCGACCAAAUAUAAUCGCAGAAUGGAAAUGCAGAAUAGUGGUUUAGUUAAAAUUAUCGACCCGGGCUCUAGUCUGCUGCCUACUCCGUGAAUAGGAAUGGCAACAAAACCCGAGCCCACGAGUACCCACCCGACCCAACCCGGUCAACGCGGGUAAAAUCCGUGUUGACGCGUUUUGGGCCGGGUUUGGGAUUAAAUCCGUUCACUAUUUACCAGGUUGGGUUGGGUUUGGGUUUAGGUAAACCCGACCCAUGGGUACCCGCCCACACCCACAUAAUUAAUUUUCUCGACAUAUUUAAUAUUCUAAACAACUAAUCUUAUUUAUGUUUGUGGAGACAUGUCUAAUUUUUUCUUUCUAGUUGUGUAGAAUGAAGUUGAUGUUAUCGAGUGAAGAGUGAAAAACUUAAUUGAAAGGAAGAAGUUUUCAAUUAAUCAUGUUAUUUAUGGAUAAUUUGUGAUUUGCUUCAAUUUUCUUGAGUUUUCUAGAUUGGUGUUGAACAAUUGUAUAGUUAAUUUGUGAUUUUCUUGAAUUUUUUUAGAAUGGUGUUUUAUAUAUGGAUAAUUUGUAUUGAGAGAUUGAUAGGAACUUGUUAUUGUGAAUUUUUUACGACAAAAACCCGUGGGUACCCAUGAACCCGCGGAUAUCCAGCGCGUUGGGUUGAGUUUGAGUUUUUCAAACCUAGUGGGUUUUACCCCGGGUUUUUUUCACGGAUAAACCCAUGGGUUUGGGUUUGGCAAAACCCGACCCAUUGCCAUCCCUAUCCGUGAACUUCUAUUAUCUAGCGGGACAAAGUGAGUGAUGUAAGUUCAAAUCAAGAGAAAUGAAAAGCAAGUAAUGUUCUGGAUCUUUUCAGGUGCUAAAGGUCAUCCAGGUGUGGUUCCCCCUAGUGAGCAGCUAAUUCAGGUUAUACGUUCCCAAUUUACUCGGAUUGAUAGAUAAUUCACGGAAAUUUCUUUGCUGAUCUGGACUCUCGACGAAAGUUAUCCAGACCCUCUCGGCUCGAAUACCCGGCGGGCGACUAACCUCCACCGACAUACACUAACCAAGGUUAAUCACACGAAACUUCCUCUAUUGGCUUUUGUUCCACUACGGAGCUGAGAAUCGACUUCUCAACUAAAGCAGUCGAUUCACCACUUUCAAUUCAAGAUUGCUCUUUUAGCCUAUGCAGAGACUAUUGUUCUAGGUUAAAGCAGGAAUUACACAUGUUUGAUCAGGACUCAUGCAAUUCUGAUUAAUUCCUCAACUGAAUUUAUCAAAUCAAUCAUUCACAAAUGGGGUUCAUACAAUCAUUCCUAACAUACAUAGCUAGGGUGAUUCAUACCCAGAUGAAAUGGAAAAUUACUCCAUGAAGAGAUGAGAGAACGUCAUGCUCGGAGAAGACAUCAUCAAAAUGACAAUGGGAAUCUGCUCCUGGCGACAAGUCGGUACUUCGAGGUUGGGAAAUCGAGCUCCAAAGGCUUCAGAUCGCUCCAAUCCUUGCCCGAGGGUUCUUUUCUUCACUCUCUCUAGGGUUCUUUUUUUGCCUUUAGAACUCAGAAAAUCCGGAUCUUAUGCCUUUGGCCCGAGUAGCCCUUUUAUAAGUUGAUAAUCCGCGUGUUACGGCCUAAGUUAUAUUCGUAACUUGGCUUGCCCGCCCGUAACUCUCUAGAAAACGGCAUCGUUCCUACUCUCCGUAAACCAAGAGUUACGGCUUCUUUGGGGGAGUUACGACCUCAACCGUAACUUGAGAGAGGAGGCCGUAACUCCAAAAAUGCCUUUGGAACUGGUGUCGUCGCUACCCAGGAGUUACGGUUACAAACCGUAACUUUGAAGGUCUGGCCGUAACUCCAAAGAGCUCUCUGGAACCCUGGCGCUUUUACUCUGAGAAGGUACGAGCCCUUGGGACAAGUUGGUUGCGACUGUAACUCCCAAGACUUGCCUGUAACUCCUCCCAGCUUUCUGCAUGUUCUCUCCAAAUCGUCCCGAAACUCGCUCUUUCGCCCCCCGUUCACAUACUAGGACCUGAAACAUCAUAAACCAACACAACCUAGCGUAAAACGGGCCACGAUAACGAGGAUACAAGCUCAAACUAUCAAGAAAUAGUGGGGAAAACAUGUUCGAAUAUAGCAUUAUCAUAGUCCUAUUCGCUGCAGCUCCAAGAUGUAGCCAUACCUCUUUUGUGACCAUGUUUUAUGUUCAGGCAAUUUGCCUUAAUUAAAGUGCCCUAGCCUGCCACAUAUGAAACUAGAGGUGGGCAAGGAAAAAUGUGUAUUUGGGUAUACUCAUACCCGUUCCAUUUUUUAGGAUUACAGUUACCCAAAUAUCUAUAAUUUUUUUAUGGGACGGGACUUAGGAUGAAUAGUUAUACAAUGGGUACCCGCGGGUUACACGUUUGGGUAUUACCGGUACCCGUACUACCCACCCAAAAUCUCCAAGAUAAUUAGAUGUCUGGAAAUUGAAUGAUGUCUUAAUUAUCUAGGCCAUGGUAAAUGUUAAUAUGAUUCAUAAAUAAUUAAACUUGUCAGUUAUGCAUACUACAUCUGUUGAAAACUUUCUAAAGCAGGCACAUCAUUUUGUAGGUGCAUAUCAUCUACUUUCCUAGACUCCUUGAUCCUCUUAUCCCUCCUUUAGCGCGAUUGGGUCCAGUGGCGUAGCCAGGAUUCAGUUUAAGGUGGGUCCACCUCGAAAAAAAUAAAUAUAAUAAAAUAGUUUUUUUAAUAUAAUCUUACGUUCAAAUUUUUUAUAAAUUAAAAUGCAUUAGCAAUCGAAAAUAUCAAGAAUAUCACUCUGCAUAUAUACAAAACAAUCAUUGAUUUAGUUAGUCGUAGUGUUUCAAAUGGUGUUCUUUGUUAAGAACCGUUAGUGUCAAUACCUCGAGUUGUUGAUAGAGGUUUAAUAAUAAAUCUUAUACCAACCAAUAAUUCAUGAUUUACCUGGUCGUUCGCUUUCGAAUGAUCUUAAAAAAAAUAUUUAGUAUCAAUAAAUCGAGUUGUUGGAAUAUUUCAAGAAUAUAUUAUACCAUUUACUACCAUGCUCCCUUAUAAGAAAGUCGACUUAUACGAAAUUGAUGUUUGCACAAAUCUGUAUAUCGUAUGCUUAAGAAAUGAGGUCGCCAAGAUUCAAACACAAAACUUUUCGACCAACUAUUCUCAACUAAACGCGACCUAGUUUUCGAUAUCAAUUAACUAUCGUACCUAAUUUAACCAUUUUGCCCCGAACCAGGGUGGGUCCCGGGACCCACCCUGUUACCCUCUCCCUCCGCCACUGAUUGGGUCCAAACGUAGAUGCAUGAGCUAGGCGGAUGGAGUGAUCUUAACUUCAUGUAAUUAUGUAAAUGGAGUCCAUCAUUCUCUUGUAGGGAGUUCAUAGACCUUAUACAAUUUGAAUAAAAACUUAAAUUGUGA